AUGACAAGCAUUACUCAACUUUGCAAUGAUCUGUACGACGCUCUUAACGGCCACGCAAUUAAGGAUUCUGUAGUAAUAAAGCUGUGUUGCUCUGUCCCCCAGCAUACCCUUGUGCAGGUUGCUCUCCGCUACCAGGCCAUGACUGGCUGUAGUCUUGAACAGAUUUUAACUACUGAUACGGAAAGUAAUUAUAGGCGGAUUCUUGCUAGAUUAUGUAUGAGACGGCAGCUCUUGAUGCUUAAUAUUAUCCACGAGUAUAUAGUCACAAUGAGCGACAAGCGCAUAGAACCUGCUGUCGCGAUCAUGCAUUUAGGUUUAGUGUUGUGUACACUCAGUAAGAAACAGCUCUAUGAGCUCGUUGUGGCAUAUAAGCAGCAGUACUUCUCCGACAUCACAGAGGAUAUUUAUGAGAUUCUACGGAAACUGUCGCCCAACAUCCCUGAUUCAAAUGUGGUCUCCCGUAUCUUCAUAUCUCUGCUCUCGUGCGCCCGGGACGACGACUCAUUUGAUGACUAUGGCGACGUGACCGAGAAAAGAUCACAGCUGUUGAAUGCCAACGCCUCUGCCUCUGUCGUAGGAGUGUUUGUAGAGCUUCUUUGUGGCCGCUCUGUCGCGUCCAUAAAAGCUCUUGAAGGUCAGGGAUUCAACGUAAAAGAGCUCCUCACACUCGUCCAGCAAAAAGGGCUUAUUACUGGGCUCGCUGCUGACUUAUUUCUGAUUGUUUUCUAUUCAUGCAUAGAUGUACACAAGAUGUGGGCGCAUAUGUGCAACAUCGCCAUUGAGAGUAAGAAUUCUAAAUUGUUAGCCGAUACCAUUCUGAUAGGUUACGAUCAGUCGACACGGCUUCGAGAGGAGUACGCAGCGCUGAAAGGGACAUAUGAUAUUUCUGUGCUCCAAAAUGUUAUUAACGGUGAUAACCCAGAUCACGAGCAAAUUGUUUUCAAUGCACUGAUUGAGACUGGAGCCAACUUAAAGUGA